CUACAUUAAAUGAUUAUGACAAAUUGGAGCAAAUGAGCUAGGAGUUACAGAAAUAAUUUUCAAAAGAAGAAUCAGAAAAAUCCAUUUUAAUGAAAAAAAUUUGUAUACUUAUCAGAAAAAGAAAUAUGGAAAUCAGUAAUGAAAACAAGAGCAAUAUAAGUAAUACUUUUACAAAUAAAAAAUAUUGCUUAUUUUCUGAAACUCUUGAAUUAUUCAUCAUUAUAAGCUUGAUUCUAUCCAUAAUUUGUAUUAUCAUCACCAUCAUCAUAUAUAAUUGUAUUUCCGAACUAAACACUUUGCAUGGGAAAAUUUUAAAAUCGCUAUCUGGUUGUUUAGGAACUACAUAUUCUCUUCUCCUACUUGAUUUCUACCUGAAACCUUAUGUUCCGUAUUAUUUCUGCAUUACAUUAGGAAUUUUGACUUAUUUCAUAUUUAUGGCAACUUUCUAUUGGACAAAUGUUAUGACCUACGAUUUAUGGAAAACACUUUCUACAAUGAUGCCAAAAUCACAAUUUUUUAGUGGAAACAAAUACUGUAUAUAUUCAAUAUAUGCAUGGAUAGCUUCAAUACUGACUUCAAUGCCUAUCAUUGUGAUACAAAAUACCAAAUUUGUAACUAAAAAGUUUCAUCCAAAAAUUGGAAAAAACACUUGCUGGAUAACAGGAAGAAAUGCAUCAAUUAUAUAUUUAAGCAUUCCAGUUGGUGUAAUACUGUUUGCUAAUUUAGUAAUGUUUAUACUAACAACAAAAGCACUUAUAAAAGUUAAGAAUACAACGAAGAUUCUGAAAAUAAAUCAAGGAAGAAAUACAUUCAAGCUAUAUAUCAAGUUAUUUCUUGUGAUGGGAUUAGUUUGGUUAACUGAAUUCAUUCCUUUUAUUUAUGAUGAAUGUCACUUGGAUAUUUUAACAGAUAUUCUGAAUUCUUUACAUGGAUUAUUUUUAUUUCUUAUAUUUAUAUGUAAAAGGAAGAUAUUUCAAAAUUUAAGUAGCUGUUUUCAUAAAUACAGAUAUUCUUUAUCUACAUCAGAAAGAAAAUCCUUUGAACUAAAAUCAGAUAUGAUAUCUGCAUCUAAGAAUACAGCAAAUUUCAAGUCUAUUACAACCAAUUUUUAAAAUUAAUUUAUAAAAAUAUGAAUUUCCAGAUAACUUAAUACUAAAAGCAUAUUGUUAACAAUUAUACAAAUAAGGUCCAUAAUUUACUAAUCAAGUUUUUCUCAAAGUCAUUUUAAUUUCCUUUCAGAUCACUCCAUCAGGAUAAAGUUUAAAUUUUUAAAUUCAAAGAAUCAAUGCUUAAAUUUAAACUUCAUUCUAUCAAAGUUAAGUAUUUUCUGCUUAUUGUACAGUUUCUUAUAACUUUUCAAAUAUCUUCAGUUCAAAUGUAUUUUAUGAUUAAAAUUUCCAAACAGUUUUUUGCUUUUCAAGAUUAUAUUUAAAUAAUUUAUAACUUUAUAGGUUAUUUUAGUGUAAAUACUCUCAUAGACAAGGAUGUAAAAACAUUCUUCUUUAUUUCCUGUUUAUCAUAUUCACUUCUGUUGUUGCAAUACAAAUAUCAUCAUGUUAAGGGGGAUUGCAUCAAAAGCAGGCAGAAUCAGCUUAUCUGUUAUUGUCCAUUAAAUAUUGACAUCUAUAUUAUUAAUUUUCUUAAAUUCUGGUUUUAGUUUGAUUAUGGCAAGAAUUAAAAAAUAUCAGCAAGAUUUAAUUAAAAAUACAAAAUUUACAAAAGCAUAAGAUAAUGAUGAUGAUAUUAAACAGACAGAGGGUAAGUUAAUUAUGCCUGCUUUCAGGACAUGCACAUUUAUGACAGUAGAACUUUACAUUGCAGCAGUUCGUGUAAAUAUGAAAUAUAGGAAACAACAAGGAUAUUCUUAUAAACUUUAUCAUAUUUAAGAUAACCUUUAAAAUUAUUAAAUGUUUAAAUCUAACCUUACAAUGAAACUAUUUUGGAGGCAUAAUCAUAAAUUACAGGUAUACCUCGACUUACGUCGUUUCGAGUUACGUCAUUCCCGAUUAUACGUCGUUUGUCAAAAAAGUAUACGGAAAAAUAAAAAUCAAGUUUAAGUCAUUUUAUUCGACU